UUUCUAAGUUAAACAAAAGCACCAGCUCAAACAGCUUCUUUGGAGAACACUGGGUAACUCAUCAGCUCAUUGUAAAGAAGGUUUUAGACUGUUUUUCUAUUCUCAUUAGCCAUGGAGGAGAAAACCUGUUUCCUCUAAACCUUUACCGACUGAUUAUAGCAGCAAAUUUUUGGACUUUUGCCAAAUCUAGGCUUCUGGUAGUGACAUGGCGUACCCUCAGGACAACACUCUGAGGAUUGUACUAGUGGGGAAAACUGGAAGUGGGAAGAGCGCAACGGCCAACACCAUCCUGGGGAGUAGAGUCUUUGAGUCUAGAGUUGCUCCCCAUGCUGUCACCUCCAGCUGUCAAAGAGCAUCCCAGGAAUGGAAGGGGAGGAAACUUGUUGUUGUUGACACCCCAGGGCUCUUUCACACCAAGGACACCCUGGAUACUACAUGCAGGGAAAUCAGCCAGUGUGUCCUCUACUCCUGCCCUGGGCCUCAUGCCAUCGUGUUGGUCCUCCAGCUGGGCCGCUACACGAAUGAAGAGCAGAAGACCGUGGCAUUGAUCAAGGCUCUCUUUGGGAAGCCAGCCUUGAAGCACAUGAUCAUAUUGUUCACUCGCAAAGAUAACUUGGAGGAGCAGAGCCUGAGUGACUUCUUAGCAGAUGCAGAUGUGAAACUAAGAAACAUCAUCAGCGAGUGUGGUAACCGCUACUGUGCCUUCAACAACAGAGCCUCAGAGGCCGAGAAGGAAGCUCAAGUGCAGGAGCUGGUGGAGCUGAUAGAGGAGAUGGUGCAGAGCAACGGAGGGGAUUACUUUACUGAUGCCAUUUACGAGGACACAGAGAAGAGGCUGAAGCAACAGGCAAAAGUCCUGAGGAAGAUCUACACUGAUCAAUUAAAUAAUGAAAUUAAACUAGUAGAAAAGGAAUAUGCUCAUAAAUCACAGGAAGAACGGGAGGAAAAAGUAAAAUCUCUAAAGAGGAAGUAUGCUGAACAAACAAAAAAUAUCAGAGAAGAAGCUGAGAAGGGCAUAUUUGAACAUGUUUUAAAUGUGAUUAUGUGGGUGCUUCCAAAAAUAUGGUAUAUGUUUUGGUAGUAAAGACCAUUUCAUUUUUUCUUCUGAAUUUAUGAUGAUUUGUGAUAGUGGUAGAUUGUAGUUUCCAUAGACAACUGUGACAAUAGCUUCUACUUAUUCUUCCUAUAACCUGACCCUGU